AGCGAGUAUGCGUUUUCCUUUUCAUUUGUUUAUUCUUGAGUCGAUUUCAUAUCCCGGAUGUCGAAAAUGAAGGGACCUAAACCAUUGACGAUUGUCAUAAAACUUGGUAAGUGAAAUUUCUGAAAGAAAUCUAUUUAUUUUGAGUCACUCACUAACGAAUGAACACAGGAACCAGCUCGAUUGUCGAUGAGAAGACUCACGAGCCUUUACUCUCAAUAUUGAGUCUGAUAGUCGAGACUGCUGUCAAACUCCGUAAAGAUGGACAUAAAGUCGUCAUUGUGUCGUCCGGAGCUAUUGGCGUAGGGUUAAGACGAAUGGAUAUUGAGAAGAGACCAAAACACCUUCCCAGAAUACAGGUAAGCAUCAAAAUGAUUCGUUUCAAGAACUAUAUACUAACAAAACGCAGGCUCUAGCAGCAAUCGGACAAUGUCGACUCAUAAGUCUCUGGGAUAGCCUCUUUGCUCACCUUCGUCAACCCGUCGCCCAAAUUCUCCUUACAAGAAACGAUAUUGCGGAUGUAAAUCAAGAUAUCCAACCCUCAUUUCCCUAAACCCCUACUAAAAAUUUGACAGAGGACACAAUAUCUCAACGCCCAAAACACAUUCCACGAACUCCUGGAAAUGGGUGUGAUCCCAAUUGUGAAUGAGAACGACACCCUUGCAGUAACAGAAAUCAAAUUCGGCGAUAACGACACAUUAUCAGCCUUUACAGCAGCAAUGAUCCACGCCGAUUAUCUGUUCCUCAUGACGGAUGUCGAUUGUCUAUAUGAUAAAAAUCCCCGGACGAAUCCGGAUGCUAAAGCUAUUGAGGUGGUGGAGGAUCUAUAUGCUCUAGCAGCCGAUGGUAUAUCCCCACAAUUCCCUUCUUUCUUCCAUCCAAGAUUUAUGUAGGAAAUACUAAUAAAACACAGUAUCAAGCGCCGGCUCCAGCCUAGGAACGGGAGGCAUGCAAACCAAAAUCGUCGCCGCAAAACUCGCCACUUCAGCGGGCGUAACAACAGUAAUAACGCGCUCCUCGAACCCCGGAAACAUCGCAAACAUAGUAUCCUACUGCCAACUUGAGAAAGCCCUCUCACGCCCCUCCUCUCCGCCUUCAGGUGGCAUCAGUCCCUCUCCAGCGAAGGUCAUUGCGUCCGUAAGCGAGAUACUCGAAGAACCACUAGCUCGAUCAACCGGCUCGUUAUCUUCCCUCAGUCUACGAGAAAAACCCGCACCACUACACACCCGCUUCAUCGCCUCCCCCUCCCCCAUCCGCGACCGCUACUUCUGGCUCCUCCACGGCCUCGCACCCCACGGAACAAUCUUCAUCGACGCCGGCGCCCACCGCGCUCUCUCCAACAAAGCGGGCCUGCUACCAGUAGGGGUAGUCGACAUCGAAGGCACAUUCGCACAACAAGAAGCGGUGCGUCUCGUCGUCGUGGAACGGCUGCCUUCCACACCGGGAGGGAAUCUGUACGGCGGGACGGGUGUAGAGGUUGGACGGGCGUUGGUGAAUUAUAGCUCAGCCGAGAUUAUGAGGAUUAAGGGGGUGCGGAGUAGUGAGAUUGAGGGCCUGCUGGGGUAUGCGGAUAGUGAGUAUGUUGCGCUGCGGGAGAAUAUUAGUUUUUUUGAGAGGGAGAGUAGACCUGUUACUCCGAGUUUUGGGGCUUGAGAUACAGUAAGAUGGGUGGGUGGCUAUGGAAGGUGGUUGGGAAAAGUGAAAUUUGUUAGAGGAGUGGGUGGGUGUUUUUGUUUUGUGAUGUUUGGGGCAUACAGUACAGGAACGAAAAAUAGAUGAUACUUAAAUGAGAAAUGAA